AUGGCCGGUCCCCGAGUGCCAGUGAUUGAAUAUUACUUCUCCUUCAUCUCGCUAUGGUCAUAUAUCGGGAGCCGGCGACUUGAGCGGCUUGCCCAAGAGUUUGAUGCAAAAAUCAUCUACAAACCCGUGGACCUGAUGCACAUUUUCUCCAUCUCUGGCGGUCUCCCAGUCAAAGAACGGCCCAUUCAGCGGCAGACAUACCGUCUUCUAGAAAUGGAGCGAUGGCGAAGGAUACGCGACAUACCGAUCGUGCCGCACCCGAAAUUUUAUCCGGCCAACCCAUCGCUUGCGCAUAGAGUGCUGUUGGCUGGCAUCGAUGAGAUUGGUCAUGACAGUCGCCAAGUACACGAGUUCGCCUUGAACGGCCUGAAGACGGUCUGGGCAGAUGAGUCCGACAUCGCCGACCCGGAGACUAUCGUCCGUGUGGCAGAUGCAUCGGGACUCGAUGGGCCGCGACUGUUGCGAAGAGCGGUGGAAGAGAGGCAGUUGGCCGACAAGGAAGCAGACCUGACACAGGAGGCCGUGUCGAGACAGUAUUUCGGCGCUCCUGUCUACUCUUAUCGAGAUGAGCCCUUCUGGGGCCAAGAUCGGCUUGAAAUGCUUCAGGAUGUGAUCAGCAGUGGCCGGGAGCCUAUUGUCAUGCCAUUCCCAGAGCACAUUUGA